AUGUCCUCUUCCGGUGUCGUAAGAGGAACUGCCCUUAGAGCCGGCGGCGCCUGUGUGCGUUGUCGCAAGGGCAAGACCAAGUGCGUGUACGAGACUGGUCGUCCGCCAUGUCGCAACUGCGCCAAGGGAAUGCACGAGUGCUACCUCCCCUCGGAGAGCAUGGCCCAUCAUCACGGUCAAAGUCCAGCUCGCCAUUCUAGCGCUCAUCGCUCCUCACGCGACUCCCUUCCGGCUUCGGCUACCACUACCGCCGCCGCUUCGGCUUCCAACGAUUCUAGGCAGUCUGGCGCUGUCGGCCCUCCUGCUGGCACAUCCAGACUCACCCCUGAACUCCUCGCCGAGUGUGAGCGCGUCGUCUCAAAGACAUUCCCCGCCUGUGUUGCCUUUCACAAACCCUCAUUUGUCCAGCAACUCAAGAAUGGUACUCUCGAGCCUUGUCUCGUCUAUGGCCUGCUCACGUGCGCCGCGAGGAGCUCCCACAAUCUCAUCCGCCGAUAUGGCAGCCCUUCGACCGCCGCCGAGACAUUUGCCGCCAAGGCCAUGGCCCUCAUCAACCAGAACCUAGACCACCCUAACCUGGCCGACAUCCAAUCUCUCUGCCUAAUCGUCAUCCACGAAUGGGGCUCCCGCAAUGCCGUGCGCGCUUACAUUGUCCUUGGCCAGGCCGCCCGCAUGCUGCAGAUGUUCCGCAUCCUGAACAGCCACCGCACCGACCCAGACCAGUUCCUGCGCGACGAGUCCUUCCGUCGCACCCUGUGGCUCAUCUACAUACUCGACUGCCUGCUGACCAGCACACCGGGGCGCUACCCCUGCCUGUCGGUCCAGGACUCGGUCGACACGCCGCUUCCCUGCUCCGACAUCAACUUCGCCUUUGGCAACGCCGUCUACGUCAAGACGCUGACCCAGGCUGUAGACGCCGACCCGCACAGCCGCCACCACCCCGUGAGCCCUCCGACGGGUGAAGUCGGCGAGUUUGGCUACAUCGUAAUCGCCUCGACCAUCUGGCGCGACGUCGUCGGCAUGCUGACUGUCACCACCCUGCAGAACUUCCGCGAGGAGGCCUGCACCGACCUGAUUUCCAAGAUUGACGGUCUGCGCGUGUCGCUGCCUAUGCAGUUUGUCGACAAGCCAGGCCAGAUCAACCUGCACAUGACCAUGGGAUCAGGCUUCACCUUUGCCAUGCUGCACUGCCUGCUGCACUGUUCCAGCAUAUUUGUCCACCGUCGUCGCCUGCUACAGGACGUCACAGCAUCUGGCUUCGGCCUGGACGCCUUCCGCAUGACGCCUCGGUGCCACGACAUUGUCGACCGCCUCUUCACGUCGUGUCACGCCAUCAUCUCGUUGUUGGCUGCUGUCGAGGCCGGAUCGGAAAAGGACCACGUCACCUGCUUCCCCAUCUUCAUGCUCUUCUCGGCCUUUACAGCUGGCGCUACGGUGGCCUACCUGUCGCUCAAGGGCCUGACCCCGCACACCACGGUCGAGACGGCCGGCCACAUAGUCGGAGACAGCCUCCGCUUCAUGACCGACGGCACCGAGAACUGGCCUCUCAUGGCCAGUUGGCUGCGCCACUUGACAGUCAUGCAGCGCGUCCUGCACAAUGACGCAGCAGCUGCGUCUACCCUCGCCACGGUCGCCGCACCCCGCCACAACUCAGCCCCUCACAUUCCUGCUACCGCCAGCUCUGUCAAGGACGAAGCUGUGUCCAGCACUGAUGGCAAUGGCGAUGUCGCCAUGGACUACGACCACCAGCAGCAGCAUCACCACUCCAGUGCCCCUCCUCCCCACGACCUGGAUCGUGUCGGUGGCGGCGGCCCCCCCUCCGCCCCCCGGUCCGUGUCGGAAUCCCCCCGCGACGACAGCGAACCCCCCGUGACCAUCCCCCGCAGGCCAGGCGUGACAACUAUCAACGGUAACACCACGGCAGUCAGUGAAGCGACGGCCACGCCGCCGGGGACCAGCUCUCCCCCGCGCCAGCAGUCGGUGUCUCAGGGUGCGGCCCCGUCGUAUGCCGGUUCAUAUGGCCACCCGUCCGAGGCGAAGCACAGCCCCGAUGUGCCGAGUGUUAAUGGGCAGGCGCACGGGAACGAGACAUCUUCCACGAGUCAGGAUAUGACUGCUCCCGAGCUCUGUGCUGUUUUUGAGAGGCAAUUGCUAGAGAUGGAUGACCUUGCAGCGUUUAUGGGAGGUGGUGUAUAG